AUGUUUUCUGUCGGAUCAGCCAGUGGAACAAAAAAAAAAGGCAAACAAGCAACAAAAGGUGAUGCACAAAUAGUUAAAGAAAAUGCUGAAACAAUUCAAUUUUACAAAAAUAUCUUAACAGUAGCUAAUGUUGUUUUUCUUGCUGCACACUUAGCAUUUUACUAUUUCACCGGACUUGCAUUGUAUUCUCUAAUUUUUUUUGUGGUAUCAUCUAUUGCUGCAUGGUACGUGUGGUCAUUUAUGCGUCAGAUUGGUACAACGAAAUCAGGUGGUAGCGUCACUGAUUUAAAUUUAGAAGGAAGUAUUUCAGAAUAUGCUAAAGAUGUUAUUUUGGUUAUUGUUUUUGCACAAUCCACUAGUUUAAUUCAUCGAUAUUUUUGGUGGUCACUGUUAAUUAUUCCACUCUAUGCUGUCUACAAAGGAAUAAUGUUAUUUUUCUUUUCACCUUACGCUCAAUUACGUAACGGUGGAAAAAAUGAAGAACAAGAUGAAGACAAUGAUGGGAAAAAAGGUGUAAAACGAAAAAUUGUUCGUGUCAAUCGCCAUUAA